GGGAGACGGUAAUGUUUCCUUAGGUGACUCUUAUAUGUGGUAAGUGAGUGACGUCAGAGGGCGGUCCGGUUCAAUAACGUAGCUCCACCUACAUAGGUUACUAUGGUUCAUGCACGUGCUGUUUGUCUGCCGACGUCAUAUCGUCGCUCCCUGUUACGCUCCGCCUGCGUGACUUGUGAUUGGGUAUCCAGUGUAAGAUUAGGCCGCGCCCUCAUGUGACGUUCCAUGUUGGAUUGGUCGAGCUGCGGCGGUCAGUUCCGGUAUCCGGAGGCUGGGCGUAGCUGUGGUGACAGGCGAGAGAGGCCGGAGAUGCCGCGGUACAGCACUGGAGAGGCCCCCGGGGGCCACAGCUACGUCCACAAGACUGCUAUGAACGAGCGCUGCAAGACUGAAAACGGGGGUUUUAAGAACGGAUACGUAAAGAAUGGAAUGUGCCACGAUGAGCGGCUUCCUAAUGGCGAAUUGUACAAGAGGCCGUUCCAUGAGGCGUUCGAGGAGACCCCGAUGUUGGUUGCUGUCCUCACCUACAUGGGAUAUGGGAUCCUCACGCUGUUCGGUUACCUGCGGGAUUUCCUCCGGGCCUGGAAGAUUGAGAAGUGUCACAACGCCACUGAGCGGGAGGCGCAGAAAGAUUUUGUUCCUCUGUAUCAGGACUUUGAAAACUUCUACACACGGAACCUGUAUAUGAGGAUCAGGGACAACUGGAACCGGCCGGUGUGCAGCGUCCCGGGGGAGCGCGUGGACGUCAUGGAGAGGUUCAGCGACGACUACAACUGGACCUUCAAGUUCACGGGCAGAGUCAUCAAGGGCGUCAUUAACAUGGGCUCCUACAACUACCUGGGCUUUGCGCAGAACAGUGGGUUUUGUGCUGAGGCCUCGGCUGACAUCCUGCAGCGCUAUGGAGGGGGAGUGUGCAGCACGCGGCAGGAGAUGGGCAACUUGGAUAAGCAUGACGAGCUGGAACGUCUGGUUGCGCGUUUCCUUGGCGUGGAGGCGGCCAUGACCUAUGGGAUGGGCUUCGCUACAAACUCUAUGAACAUCCCAGCGCUAGCGGGAAAGGGCUGCCUGAUCCUGAGUGAUGAGCUGAACCACGCCAGUCUGGUGCUAGGGGCCCGGCUUUCAGGUGCCACAAUCCGCAUCUUUAAGCACAACAACAUGCAGAGUCUGGAGAAGCUGCUGAGAGACGCCAUUGUGCAGGGUCAGCCCCGCACCCACCGGCCCUGGAGGAAGAUCCUUAUCCUGGUGGAGGGGAUUUACAGUAUGGAGGGCUCCAUCGUCCGCCUGCCGGAGGUCAUCGCCCUGAAGAAGAAGUACAAGGCGUAUCUGUAUCUGGACGAGGCUCACAGUAUCGGUGCGCUGGGACCCAGUGGUAGAGGAGUGGUCGAUUACUUUGGUCUGGACCCUCGCGAUGUGGACAUCAUGAUGGGAACCUUCACUAAGAGCUUUGGUGGAGCAGGGGGCUACAUUGGGGGCACUAAGAUCCUCAUUGAUUACUUGCGGAAACACUCGCACAGCACGGCCUACGCCACCUCCAUGUCGCCGCCGGUUGCGGAGCAGAUCAUCACUUCUAUGAAGUGUAUAAUGGGCGACGAUGGCUGCAGCCUGGGACGGGAGCGCGUGGAGCAGCUGGCGGAGAACACCCGCUACUUCAGGCGUCGCCUCACAGAGAUGGGCUUCAUCAUCUACGGCAACAGCGACUCGCCGGUGGUUCCGUUAAUGCUGUACAUGCCGGCGAAGAUCGGGGCGUUUGGACGAGAGAUGCUGAAGAGGAACAUAGGAGUAGUAGUUGUGGGGUUCCCCGCCACCCCCAUCAUUGAGUCCAGAGCUCGCUUCUGCGUGUCCGCCGCACACACAAAGGAGAUGCUGGACGAGGCUCUGGACAGGAUCAGCGAGGUGGGCGACCUCCUGCAGCUGAAGUAUUCCCGCCACCACUUCCUGCCGCUGCUGGAUCGGCCAUUCGAUGAGACCACAUACGAGGAGUCGGAAGACUGAGCCAUGCAGGGCGGGCACUCCCAUCAUCCCGCCGCACUCCCAUCAUCCCGCCGCAGCCCCAGGGGCUGUUUUAUACUUGUACAUUUUCCUUUUCCGUUUUAUUUAUUCGGGGAGGGGGGCCUGUGACGACCGCCCCCGUCUGAGGCCUUCACCCCGCGCUGGGACCGAGGGGCAGGCAGCACAGGUGCUACAUAUGGUGCUGGCCUGGGGGGUGCAGCAUUAACUCUUUCCUCUCUGGAAGCAGCGGUGAGCUCGGGACCAGAGGGCGUGCGGGGCGAGGGGCACUGUGCCUCGUGCCUGCGUCUCCGUUUUUAGCUCGGCUAUUCCUGAAAAUUCACAUUCCUUCCUCUGUGACUAAAUCCUUUUUGUGGGGCUGGGGCCCCUGAGGUCGGGCCCCUCGCAGUGUUUAUAAAAUGGCCUUGUUGGUUUCUUUGUGGCAUGACGUUUGGAAGAACUGAGCCGAAGAAUCUGCGCAGCGCCCCCCGGGGAUCGGACGGGCGGCUGUACUCAAUAAAGGUUCAUGCGUUUUCAG